AUGAGAUUUUUAUCACUGCAGCCCGGCCACGCCAGCGGGUUCCCAUGUGAUAUAAGGUCGGAGGCUGCCGGCGCUGAGCCAUGUCACCCUGGACAUCAGUGAAGGAAGCAUGAAGACAUUCGUGCUAUUGGCGCUCUUCGGCGCUGCUCUGGCCGCCGACGACUUCGACAGGCAGUGCGCGCCUUCGGCUGACCCCGGACCUUGCAAGGGCUACUUCCCCAAGUGGUGGUACAACGUGCUGUCGGGCCAGUGCGAGCUGUUCGUCUAUGGCGGUUGCCAAGGAAACGACAACAAAUACGACACCCAAAAAGAGUGCGAGGAGACUUGUGCCAGUGCAGCAUCAGGUAAGUUGCCUUCGAUGCAACGUUCGUUUCAACAUUUUUUUUUAGAUGAAUAUCUCUUGCGCAACCAUUCCGACUUGCGAAUAGCUGAUCAGACCAUCAAAUUGAAACAGCCUUGUUUGAUAUGA